GUGUUUCUUCCCCACCACCGCCACCACCACCACCACUCUCUUUUGGCGCCCCCUCUCCACCAUCACCCAAAAUAUCGCUCUGAGGCAUGCGGGGAAACCGAUGGUGAGACGAGCUUGUUUCCCACGUGCGUUUGGUAUACACGUGUAGGGAGGCGGGCGGGCCGGAGGAGCGCUCGAAUCGCGCGCCCGCCUCGGACAGCGCUUGGAUCACGCGCACAGGGCUGCGCGCGCGGCCGGGCGGGCAAGCCAGGGAGGCGGAGCAGCGCGCAAGCACGCCGCCGCCGCCUCUUUCUCUUACGACCGCGGUUUCUCGCCGGCAGCAGGGCUGAGCCGAGCCGGGAGGCGCUUCCGAGAAGAGGCAAGGCUAGCACAGGGACGGGCGAGGUGAAGGAUCGGGGCCAGGGCUCUCUUUGGGGGAGGGGGCACCCCAGGCAGGCGCCGAUGGGUGAGUAGCAGCGGCUGUUUGGCUGGGAAAGGAGGACCAGCGGGCAGAAGGACUCUAAGCCGAGAAGGAGCCGUUCCUCCCCGCCGCCACCGAUGCACCCCCAAGUGCUGCACCCCUCUAGAUAGCUAAGGCAUCGGGGCUCCCCAAACACACACACAGAGAGAUCACCCCCACAAUACUACAGUGGGCAGGAGGUGGUCCAGCCGAAGUGGUGUCUGUAAGGGAGGGGAGGGGGAGGGAAUGCCCCCAGCAUUCCCACAUGCAGGUGUGCCAGGAAGCCAGCGUGCCCAGCUAGGUGCAGAGGGAAGAUCCCUGCCAGAAAGAGCCAGGAUCGGGGAAAGGGCUCUGAGGGGAGGAUCGGGCUCUCCCUCUCUCUCCAGGAGACAAAUGAGGAGUUAGCUCUUCUCUGUGGGCAGGAGACUAGCUAAGAGCAAGGAAUCGGAGAGGGUGGCGGUGGUCUGGCGGCCUCCCAGCACAGCUAGCACCUCCUUUCCCCAGGGGCCGCCUGCCCUGGCUGGCGCCUCCGCCCCACCCCCGCCCCCAUGGCUGCAAUGCUGCCCUGGCGUCGGAGCAAGUUUGUCCUGAUGGAGGAAGGCGAGGGGAAUGCCAAAGGCAAGAGCCUGGAUCCCGGCUUGAGCUACGCCUCCUUGCUCUCCAACUUGGUCCGCUCCUGCCCAGACCUUUGGCCCGCCUGCCCCCUGGAGAGCCUGGGCAGUGUCUUCCGUGGCCGGCGGAGGAAAGUGGAGCUCAACAAGGAGGACCCCACCUACACCGCCUGGUACCUGGGCAACGCUGUCACCCUGCAGGCCAAGGGGGAAGGCUGCACCGAUGCGGCGGUGGAGAAGAUCUGGGCCAAGAGCGAGUUUGGGGGCAGGAGCACCAAGAUGAAGCUGACCCUGGGCCCCCAGGGCAUCCGCAUGAGCCCUUGUGAGAAGGGGGCCCGCCGCCCCAGCCACGCCUACCUGCUGCACCGCAUCACCUACUGCGGGACCGACGGGCGCCACCCGAAGGUCUUUGCCUGGGUCUACAGGCACCAAGUCAAGAACAAGGCAGUGGUCCUGCGGUGCCACGCAGUCCUGCUCUCCAAGGCGGAGAAGGCCCACGCCAUGGCUCUGCUCCUCUGCCAGACCUCCCGCUCAGCCUUCAGUGAGUUCAAGCGGCUCAAGAGGCAGAACGAUGCCCGUCGUGUCCAGCAACAGCUCCUGGGGGAGGCCAUCAUCCCUCUGGUGCCCCUUCGCAAACUCCUGAACUGCAAAUGCCCUUAUCAGCCUCCUGCAGACAGGAACCGCAGUGCCCCCAGGCUGAGCUCCAUCCAAGAGGAGGAAGAGGAGGAGAAACGGGGCAAGGAGGAAGAGGGCCUCUGGGCCUCCAACACCUUCUGCAGCCGUGCUACUACCUCUGUGAAUAACAGGACUGGAGCCAACGUGCUCGUUUGUGCCAGCAGCAACCUCAGCGCACCUAGCGCUGCCACCAGUACUAGGGGCAUCCACCUUUCCAUCAGCACUCAGGACGGUGCCCUGGCAGCCGACACUCCUGACAGCACAAUCCCCAGCCACAACCCUGCCACCACUCACGUUUUCAAAAUGGUCCAAUGCAGGGAGAGGUUUGAGGUGCUGGCCUUGGUCCGUGAGAUGAGGAUCUGCACUUUGAGAGCCCCCCUCCGCCGGGAGGACUCGCCAUCCUUGGAGCCCCCCAAAGAGCCAUCUUGCUUGCCUUCGUAAGGAUUCUGGAACCAUGAUUUUUUUUUUUUUGCAGACUUCCUGGUGAUGGAUUUGAGGGAGUGGGUGUCUGGAACAUGUUCUCUUUCCUGCUGUGUUCCCUAGUUUGAACAUCCAGGGCCGAGAGACUACACACAGCGGAAUGGUUUGUCCUUGCCAGCUGAUAAACAUUGUUGAUGUGCUGAUACUACUUAGCUGACGCCUUACGGCCGAGUUUUUCUUUAGACCAAAUCAACUGAUCCUUCCAGCCAUCCUUAACCAUCUUCUGUGGACCCUUUGAGACUUCUCCUCCCUGCUUAAGAGACAUGUCAACCUGUGCCAACCUGCUCAAUGACCGUUGGAGGCCUGGUGCUUGACGUCUCUUGCAACAUCGCUGUGAAGAUCUCAGGCGGGUGGGAUCCUGUACAUUUUAUGACCUCGAUAGGAGAGAAAGAGAAUCUAGCAAGCAUCUCUGCCGACGGCUGGGAGGUUGUGCAGGUUUCAGUGGCAAAGGAGAAAAAAAAAUUUAAAGGGAAAAAAAUUGUGUGUAUGUAUGUAUCUGUACAGAUAUUUAUAUGUAAAGAGUGUUCACCUUUUGAAUUUGUAUAUGUUUUUGCAUGCAUCCCCCACUGCUCCAGUGAGGGGUUUUUGUGUGUGACAUCAUAUUGGGCAUCCGAUUUUGGGAACCUGUCUCAGGUUGGGAGGCCACAUGGGGCACUCUUUAGAAGCAAUAACUCCUUUUCCCACCAACUAAUAUUGGAGCUGGAGGUGGGAUUUAAAUUUGGGGUCUCAAGUCCACUGCAUUUCAUUUUCACAUUUUCACUAGCCCAGAAUACCCUGCCCCCAAAGUAACACAUUUUGUGUCCAGAAAACCCAGAUUCUGUCCUUUGAGUAAGGGCCCACCCAGAUUCAAUCUUGCACAUUUUAAAAAAAGUAAAUUAAACCAUGUGUGUGUGUGUGUGUGUGCGUGCAUGAUUGAAUCUGGUUGGCCUUUACUCAAAGCAGAGAAUCUUCAAGGAAUCGAAUUCCUGAAACACCCAUUUAAAAACAGACUGGGUUUCUAGCCCUCUUGGUUUCACACAGUGAAAAGCCAUGGGCAAGGAUAGGCAACUGGUGACCCAUGGGAUGAAUUCAGCGCCUCCCCCCUUAUCCAGCAGCUUCUCAUUUGGCCCUGGCGGAGCCCCUAACCCAUUUUGCAGCAGGUUUUGAUUCUUUCAUUUCUUGCAUGUUGGUAACCACCCAGGAAAAAACAAAAACAGACUCUGGAUUCAAUAGGUGUCUUAUCAAUGUGCACAUGUCCAUCAAUGAUGUGGAGAGGGCAGAAAAGAGAGGAAGGAACUGAAAACUGUGGUUAACAGUGUAUGCUGAAUUCUGUAGAACUCUGAAAUAACA